UCUUCUUCCUAUAUAUACUCCCAAACAUUUUUAUCCUCAAUCAACGCAUCUCAAAUUCCCUUCUAAUUUUCACUUUCUCUCCUUUUUCUUUCCGAUCGAAAUGGCUCGUACCAAACAAACUGCUCGCAAAUCCACCGGAGGCAAAGCCCCAAGGAAACAACUCGCGACCAAAGCCGCUCGGAAAUCUGCUCCGGCGACCGGAGGAGUGAAGAAGCCACACAGAUUCCGUCCAGGAACAGUUGCUUUGAGAGAGAUCAGGAAGUAUCAGAAGAGCACCGAGCUUCUCAUCAGGAAGCUCCCGUUCCAAAGAUUGGUUAGAGAAAUCGCUCAGGAUUUCAAAACAGAUCUCAGAUUCCAAAGCAGUGCCGUUUCUGCACUUCAAGAAGCAGCUGAAGCUUAUCUGGUUGGUUUGUUUGAAGAUACUAACCUUUGCGCCAUUCAUGCAAAGAGAGUUACUAUCAUGCCUAAGGAUAUUCAACUUGCUCGCAGAAUCAGAGGCGAGAGAGCUUAGAUGAAUCUUUCAUCAUGAAUCUUUAUUCUUAUGCGUUGCUUUGGACUCUGUUAGUGUUUGGUUCUUCUGUUAUAAUACCAAUUUAUUAUUCUCGGUUGUAACAUUGCUUCAAUCUACUAUAUGUUGUUCAGAAAUUGAAUCUUACUUCUGAAAUGUAAAAUCUGGCAGAUUUGGGUUCUUUGAUUAAAAAAGCUAAUUUGUUUAGGUUUUUA